GAACCGCAGAGAAAUUUUAAACCCCGCCUGCGCGCGUGCGAUCUUGGGCCCAUCAGACAUUUUUAAGAUCAAGUACUACUAUUUUCGCCCAAGAUGUCGUUGACAAACUGUCGCUUUUACGAGGAGAAGUAUCCGGAGAUUGAUAGCUUCGUCAUGGUCAAUGUGAAGCAGAUCGCCGAUAUGGGUGCUUAUGUUAAACUCCUCGAAUAUGACAACAUCGAUGGCAUGAUUCUACUAUCUGAACUUUCGAGACGUCGUAUUCGAAGUAUUCAGAAGCUUAUUCGGGUUGGUCGCAACGAAGUCGUGGUCGUCCUCCGAGUCGAUAAAGAGAAGGGAUAUAUCGAUCUUUCGAAGCGCCGAGUCUCUCCCGAGGAUAUCGUUAAAUGCGAGGAACGAUACAACAAGAGCAAGAUGGUCCAUUCCAUCAUGCGCCAUGUGGCCGAGAAGACUCAAACCCCCAUCGAAACCCUAUACGAGAGCAUAGCUUGGCCAUUGAACAAGAGAUACGGCCACUCCAUCGAUGCAUUCAAGCUCUCCAUAACGAACCCCGAUGUAUGGAGCGAUAUCACAUUCCCUAGCGAGCCGGUAGCGGAGGAACUGAAGUCGUACAUUGGAAAGCGCUUGACGCCUCAACCCACGAAGGUUCGUGCCGACAUCGAGGUCACCUGCUUCGAAUACGACGGAAUCGAUGCUGUUAAGGCUGCCUUAAGAACGGCGGAGGCGCGGAAUACCGAAGAGAACCAGGUGAAAGUGAGACUGGUCUCCCCGCCGCUCUACGUUUUAACAAACACGUGCCUGGACAAGAACGUUGGUAUAAGCCGACUGGAGCAAGCCAUCGUAGAUAUCCGUAGCAGCAUCACCAGCGCAGGUGGUCAACUCGUGGUCAAGAUGGAGCCUAAGGCGGUGACGGACUCGGAUGAUGCCGAACUGCAGGCAUUGAUGGAGAAGCGCGAACGUGAGAACGCGGAGGUCAGUGGAGACGAGAGUGUUAGCGAGAGCGAUGACAACAUCCCCGAGACUGUCUAAGCUAUCGUUUGACUUUGGUUCAUUUCAAUUAGUUCCACCGCAAGGGGUGUACGGCUAGGUAAAGGGUACCAACCUAGAGGUCUUUGACAUUCACGGGUCAUAAAAAGUACCUAGCAUGCGAAUUGAGCAUUUUGUUUUUCGAAAUGAAGUAAAUAAUCAAGUUGCUGCCCCUGUCUCCGUACCUUGAAACGACUUAAGCUGCUUUGUAAGAGUUAUGCUUCCUAACUGCCUAAUACUGCUUAUCCCAUUUUAAUUAUUGGUAAGUUGCCCGUUAAGUUG